GUGCCAACCAUGCCGCCUCCCGCGAUGACGAUGUCGUACGCCUCAUCGUUUGGGCCGUCGCUGUGAUUGUUCCUCGUGAGCUGCACUGGUCCAGAAAAGACUAAACCUUUGCCUUUCUUGCCGAAGAGAGCCAGGACACCGCGGGAUAACGAACGCGCCUCGAAGAUUGCAGCCAUGUUUUCUUGCUGAGACGUCGUCCGCUAUCUUACCGCUGAUGAGAGAGAUGCACACGUCGUCGACCCCAGUAUCUUACUUAUAUACUCAUGCACGUUUCUAGUUACAGACGUCUGAUGGUUUCUCAAACUCUCGCAAUAAAAACAAAAAUCUUUUAGCUGGUAGCUUGUCAGAUUUUUUCAACAACUUGCCAAGACUUGGAGACAAGUUAUUUUGAGGUCAACCAUGAUCAAUUUGAUACAUGCUCACUGGUUUCCUCUUGCUUCUCAAGGGAACAUUUACUCACUGACCACCUUACGUUCUCCAAAAGGGUCUAACAAAGUUCUGGUGGCUUCCCUUAAACGUAAAAUUUACUCCUUUGAGUACAAUCAACAUUCCAAAUGGCGAUUAAAGCCUCUUGUCAAAGAACUUCUUUUUACUUAUAUUCCAAAUGGUGCUGAAAUUAUUGCCAUAGAUGCCUAUAAUAAAUCGAAUGCUGGAGAUGAAUUUGUUAUAGGGAUAACCAUUAUGAAGCCAAGUGGAGAAACUUCUAUUGAGAGAUACUUAAAUAUAUACACUGAGGGUGUAGGCGAAGGCGAUGAGAGUAAUUCACUGGAAUCAAUUGCACAAAAUUGUUUAAUGGUUGAAUUGUCUUACACACCUUAUAUGCUCUAUCACACAAUAAUUCCACAAGAAUCUGGCAACGAGAUUGUCUGGUUAAUAUCUGGGAAUGACAAUAGAAUCCAUAUGAUCAGAGAAGAUAAACAAAAUCACAGCUAUACAGAAUCGCAGUUGGAAAAAUAUUUUCCAGAAUUGGACCAGCUGAAAGCUAUUGCUUUAUGGGUUGAUAUUUAUUAUUACAACGAGUUCAAAUGGAGGCUCACUGCAAUUUCAUGUGAAUGUGGCUUGUUCAAACUGGCUAAGGUAAAUGUUGGAUCGCUGGAAAUAAUCCAAAACUGGAUUUUGCGAUAUGACAAUCCAAUAAGUAGUGUGAGAAUAUUUCCAUCCCAAAAUGAAAUAAGAAAACCUGCUUUUCUUAAUAUUGACUAUGAUACAAAAAAAGAAGUGAAUAUAAAUGUCCUUUUGAAUACUGGAAAUGUGGCAGUUAUAUUUCAAGAUGUUUUAAAUCAACAAAUGAAUUCUGAUGUUUUGUUGAGUGGAAAUGAAUUAACAUCAGAUUGCAUUUUAUGUUCUUGUGUAGCAGAUAUAAACAUGGAUGGCCAAAACGAGAUUUUAUUAGGAACAUAUAAGCAAGAAGUUUUGAUAUUUGGACCUGUAAAUAAUAGUUGGAAAAUGAUCGAUAAAAAACUUUUUGAUGCUCCAGUUCAUUCAAUGAGUUAUUUAGAUUUGGCUGGAGAUGGAGUUAAAGUUUUGGUUGUUCUUACACAACGCAGUGUUCACAUAAUGCAGCAUGACCCAAAAGAAACAAUGAAAAAAUGGCAAGACCGAUUUUUACAAUUAGCAUCUUUAAUGAAUUUAAGUGAUGAAACUGAUGACUAGUUUGUAGGAUUAAAAUAAAAAAUUAGCUGACUGUGAUGAUCUGUACAAAUUGUUAUAUUUAACGCUUAAAAUAAAGUUUAUAAAUUUAUAUAUA